UUGUAAUCUACGGUUCAAUGAAAUUUCAUGAUAGGUUUACCAGAGAGGGAACCAUUGGUCCAUCACCCUACAGCGGCAAUACAGCCAUCCCAUCACCGUAUGGCCUCCACAUCAAUUGUCAAUUUCCCUACGGAGGCCAUAUAUCUAGCCUAUCACCAUAUGGCCUCAACGUCAAAGGUCCAUUUCCCUACAAAGACCAUGCAUACUGCCCAUCAACCAAUGGCCUCACCACCAAAGGUCCAUCACUCUAUGGAGGCUGUACACCCCACCCAUACCCGCAUGACUUCAACACCGCUGGCCCAUCACCAAAUGUCUACAACACCUCUGGUCCUUCACCCGGCGUACACAAUGGUUUACCAGCUAGCCGGGUGAAUCCACCUGACCAUGAAAACGCAGCUUUCUUGGCACCAGACAGGAGAGAUGCAGGCAACCCAUCUCGUGAGGACACUAUCUGUUAUCGACCACAGGCAGAAAAAUCAUGGACACCAUGUGAUGGAUGUAGGGAGGAGUUCGAAAAAAUCCUGCGAGAAAAGCAACGAAUCGAAGAAGUCCUCUUGAAAAUAGAUCCGGGCCAAGUCAGAGUACUUCAAACUCUCUGCGACCUCGUUGGAGACAAAUACAGCGACCGCGCUCCUCAACAAUCGGGCCAGCAAGAACUCUUUCCUGAGAGCGGUGUAUACAUAUCAUCGUUCCGCCUUGCUGCCAUGAGUCAUGCUUCAAAGCCCAAAUGUAUGCGUUUAUUCCACGUACUUUUUGACCACUUUUUUACAGUAGAGGAGUGUCAAAAUUCUGUCCCUUUUGGUCGCCCUGGAAAGAAACCUUCAGGAACAGGAAAGCGCAUCCUUGACCAGAAAAAAGUUGAAGGAAUCCUAAGUAAGUUUACCCAAACUGAGGGUGUUUUCAGUUCAAAAUUGGGUAACAAUAAUUAAAUAGAAGUUCAAUACGAGAAAGUUUGAUCCCUUAUCGAUUUCAGCACACU